GUAGAGUCCCGACAGAAAAUUUUUCCUAAAAUAUCAAGGGGUUUAGGAGGGGCUUUUGCCGCUCUAUCCACUCCCCAGUUGCCAUUGCUCCCAUCAAUGGCUUCCUGUGCUUCCUUCCUCCCAGUGCUUACAUGGGAAAACCGCAUUUCGAGGCAAUAUAAAGGAAGAGGAGAGCAGCAUCAGACCAAGAUUCCUCGUUUAAUUGACCCUUUUUUCAAUAAUACGAGUUCCUCAAACUCCAUCCCCAGCUUUGUUGCGCUAAAUUCGCUCGAUUCAUCUCCAUUCCCUCUCGGCUCAGAUUCCUUGGAACCAGAGCUCAAAUUUCCAACUGCCUUUUCGCACAUGAAAACGCUUGAAUCCCCUGUUAUCUACGAUCCAGUUGUUUUACAAGAUGAGCGGAUAGAUUUUCCAUGGCUGGGAUAUGAUCGGUCCCUCAUUUUGCCUGGACAAACCCUAGAAAGGAUCUUCCGUACAGACUCUCUAUGGAUGCCGCGUUUUGAUGAUCUGGCGAGUGUUCGCGAAUCAUUGGAUGUGGCGAGGAAGAAGUACAAAUCUCUUAGGAGGAGGCAGGUGAAGGCUGAAACAGAGGCGUGGGAGAGAGCAGCGGAGGAGUAUAAGGAGUUGGAGCGAGUGAUGCUUGAGAAGAAGCUCGCUCCUAACUUGCCUUAUGUGAAGUCUUUGUUCCUGGGAUGGUUUGAGCCGCUGCGGAGUGCAAUUGAGAAGGAUGUGAAGCUGGAGAAGGGAAAAAGACAUAAGGCGGCUUAUGCACACCAUUUGAGCCUGUUGCCAGCUGAUAAGCUAGCGGUGAUUGUGAUGCAUAAGAUGAUGGGGUUACUGAUGAUGGGGCCAGAGGAGGGGUGCGUUCGGGUGGUGCAAGCUGCUAUCCACAUUGGAGAGGCAAUAGAGCAUGAG